AUGUCGGCAACAGGCAGUCAGGCACGUGCCGCUUUGCGUAAUGGGAUGUCAAGUGGCCAAAUCGACCAAUCGCCGCAAGUAUGUGCAACGUUUUUUUCAACGUCUGUUGCUGGAAUGUUGCAUCAUUUGGUCGCUGUUCAUGAACACGAUGCCAGAUUGCAUAUUAUCUGCAAAGUGCUUGAAUGUAAUUUAACCUUCGCUAAGGUUAACUCUUACAAAAGUCAUCUUAGAAGAAAGCACGCCAAUGUUGACUUAAACUCACGUGAUCUAUGUUGCGUUGAAUCAGCGAGUAGCACUCACAACAAUUUUUGUCCUCAUGAGGAUGGCCUUGAACUCCUAAUUGAUGAAUUCAACAGGGAAAAUGAACUUGAUGACUAUGUUCAAGCAAUGGAACACAAAAAGGCCCAAUUUCUUCUAAAAACAAAAGAAAUCAAUCUGCUCACACAAAAAUGUGUGGAUAACAUUGUAGAAGAUUCCACUGAACUUGUCCAAGGAACAGUCAAAGCAAUUAAACACGGUUUGCAAAAUUGCUUAGAGAAAGCUGGAUUAAAUUAUAAAGAUGUGCCAGGUCUUGAUGAAUUAUUUGAUGAAGGACAUGCUAUCUCAAAUCCAUUCAAACAUAUUUCCACAAAGUAUAAACAGAAUGCUUAUUUUGAGGAGCAUUUUGGCUUAGUUCAACUCAGACGAAUUAAACUUGGACACAGAGUUGUGAAAAGACUUUCAAGGACUCUGUACAAAGAGGUUAUUAAAGAUGAUGAAAUCAUGUACAUACCACUGCUUAAAUCCUUGGAAAAAAUGCUCAAUGUAAAAGGAGUACUUGAACAGCUAAACCAUGGUCAUCUUCGGCAACAUAAACAUGAUGAUGUGAUUGAGGAUGUUUGCAAGGGCCAGUAUUUCAAGACCCAUCCUCUGUUUUCCAAGGACUCAGCUGCUUUACAAAUCAUGCUUUACUAUAAUGAGUUGGAAAUUGCAAAUGCCCUUGGUAGUAAAACUGGAAAGCUUAAGUUAGGUAAUAGUUUAAUGACAUCAUAG